CCAAAGCUACCCUCUUAGUCUCUAUGAAUAAUGACAAAGUGAUCGGCCAAUGUGACACUAAGCCUCGUAGUCUUUAUUUCACCUGUGUCUAGCCUCUUAAAAAUCUUAAAUAGCAUCACAUUUAUGCUCGCCCCUAAGUCCUUCAAGGAGUUUUCUAUGUGAUGAGUACUGAUGCAAAGGGGUAUGGUGGAACUACCUGGAUCGGGUUGCUUCUUGGGCACUCUAUUGAGGAUGAAGGUUGAGCACUCCUCGCCUAGGGUGACAAUGGCGAGGUAUUCGAACUUUGACUUCUUAGAGAGCAUCCCCUUGAGGUAUCUUGAAUACCUUGGCAUGUGGGUCAUUGCUUCAAGGAAGGGAAUGUUGAGGUGGAGCUUUCGGAGCAUCUCCAUGAAACCUCCACAUUCCACUUCCAAUUUUUCCUUAUGCACCCUCGUGGGAAAAGGUAUGGGUGGCAUGUACUCAGCCAUAGGUGGUGGCGUGUACUCAGCCGCAGGUGGUGGCGUCAGCAAUGCCUUCCUUGCCACUCCUCUCUUUUCUCCCGAGGUUUCUUCUUCUCCACCCUCGGGUAGAGGGUCUUCCUUCUCAUUCACUUCUUUGGCAACAACCUCCAGAUUCACCUUCCCACUCCUCAAAUGAAUUGCAUUAACCUCGAUAUGAUCCUUGGGGUUGGUAAUGGUUUGAGAGGGUAGGGCAAUAUAUGGCAAGCAUAAACCUUAGAUGGCUCCAAGUAUAAACCUUAGAUGGGUCCAAGUAUAAACCUUAGAUGGGUGCAAUAUAGGGCAAGUAUGUUUAAAUAUCAACCCGGGCCGACCCAUGUACCCCUACUUCGAUUGUUUGAAACAUUAUCUAGCAGAUAGUUUUGGUUAAAACGAAGAUCUAAAGCUAAAGUACUUGGCAAAGAUGAAAUGGUUUUGACACUAAUUGAAAAGGCUUCACCCGGGUGUUGCUGCCCCUAGCUAACAAUUACGACUUGAUGGAUCGAAUGACCGUGUGUGGUUAGGGGGUUAUAAACUACAGGGAAGUGUAACAAGUAGCCAAAGCUACCCUCUUAGUCUCUAGGUCGAGGAAAUGGGAUACGAUCCAAGCCACUAAUGCGACCCUCUCAACCUAUUGACUAAAGAAUGGUUAGACUUCACCCUCGAAUUGGAGUUUGGACGACUACCCACAACCAAACCCUAAGUGCUAAUACGAAAUAGGAGGUUGGCCCUACGUUAACCUAACUAGGAGACAACGAAUUGCCCAAGAAAACCCGGCAUUCAAGCCUCUCUCAAAGAAAGGAAGGGGGUUUUCUCUCUACCUAGGUUAGAAUGGCAAUUAGAUUGAUAGGCUUUCAAACAACACAAUCAUUCAUGAAUAAUACAUCCACAUUCACAUUAAACACAACCAUACACAAAUCAUUCAAUUCAUACAAGCAUCACAUAAUUGUAGCUAGGGUUUACAAACACCCAGGUGAAAUAAGGGACUACUCCAUGCUAGGAGAAGGAAAAACACAAGGGAGAAGACGGAAAACCAUCAAAAAGAUGCUAGCCUUGAUCCUUGUGUUGAAGAGAUCCUCCUUUGGGGGGGAGGAAUUCCCAAAUCCAUGCUUGGAGAUGAAACCCUAGCUUCUCCUCUUCUUUGGUUCGUCACUUUCUCACUAUAAAAAUCUAAAGAAGAAGAAGAAGUUCCUCACACUAGGUCUCUCCCUUCUUCCUUUCAGCUAGCUCUUUAUACUGAGAUCGUGCCCAAUUCGCGGCCUGAGUUCACAGCGUGAACAUCAAAACCCAUCCAUGAACAUAGUGUGCUGAACCAAAAUGCACCGCUCACUUCUUGGGUUCACAAUAUGUGGUUGCAGUUCACGGUCUUAGAUACCAUGAACAACCUUGGCGUCAGUAACCUCAGAAUCCCCUCUGGAUGCUUCUUGGUUCACGUGUUAUGUUUCCAGUUCACGGUCUUGGAGACUGUGAACUCCAAUGGCAGACCGUGAACACAGGCUGUUUCCUCCUUUUCUUCCAACUUUCGACUCCGGGGUUGGUUUCACCUGUUAGAAUCUGAAACACACAAAACCUAACAUAAAACCACCCCUUUUGGAGCUCAAUUGCAACAAAUGUCAAAGAGAAAC